GCGGCGCAGGGAGCGGAGCGGGACGCGGGUGGAUUCCCGGGGGCAGGUGAGGGCGGCGGCCGCCAGGAGGAGCUCGGGCCGGGCCGGGCAGGGACAGCGCUCAGCCGAGCCCAGCCGAGCCCGCGGAGACUGCGAUUCCAUCGCGCAGACUGAAGACUGGAACGGCUAGAGGAAAGUGCAUAGCUGCAGUGCAAAGAAAAUGAAUGGCACACUGGAUCACCCAGACCAACCUGAUCUAGAUGCUAUCAAGAUGUUUGUGGGUCAGGUCCCACGGAGCUGGUGUGAGAAGGAUCUAAGAGAACUUUUUGAACAGUAUGGUGCUGUCUAUGAAAUCAAUGUCUUGAGGGACAGGAGCCAAAACCCUCCUCAGAGCAAAGGGUGCUGUUUUGUUACAUUUUACACCCGUAAAGCUGCACUAGAAGCACAGAAUGCUCUUCACAACAUGAAGAUCCUCCCAGGGAUGCACCAUCCUAUCCAGAUGAAACCAGCUGACAGUGAAAAGAGUAAUGCAGUAGAAGAUAGGAAGUUGUUUAUUGGAAUGAUAUCCAAGAAGUGCAAUGAAAAUGAUAUCAGAGUGAUGUUUUCACCCUUUGGGCAGAUUGAAGAAUGCAGGAUAUUACGUGGCCCAGAUGGCCUGAGCCGAGGUUGUGCAUUUGUGACUUUUACAACAAGAGCCAUGGCGCAAACAGCAAUCAAAGCAAUGCAUCAAGCACAAACCAUGGAGGGUUGCUCUUCUCCCAUUGUGGUAAAAUUUGCAGACACACAGAAGGACAAAGAGCAGAAACGAAUUGCUCAGCAACUCCAGCAACAAAUGCAACAGAUCAGUGCUGCCUCAAUAUGGGGAAACCUGGCUGGUCUCAACACACUUGGACCCCAAUACUUAGCACUUUAUUUGCAGCUCCUUCAGCAGACAGCAGCUGCAUCAUCUGGGAACCUGAACACACUGAGCAGCCUCCACCCAAUGGGAGGACUGAAUGCGAUGCAGUUACAGAACCUAGCUGCAUUAGCAGCUGCAGCCACUGCAGCUCAGAACACACCAAGUGGUACCGCUGCACUUACUUCCUCCAGCAGUCCCCUGAGUGUGCUCACUAGCUCAGCAGGUUCCUCACCUAGCUCCAGUAGCAGCUCCUCUGUUAAUCCAAUGGCUUCUCUUGGAGCGUUGCAGACGCUGGCAGGGGCCACAGCAGGCCUCAACGUUAGCUCUUUAGCAGGAAUGGCAGCCUUAAAUGGAGGUCUCAGCAGUGGUGGUCUCUCAAAUGGGACAGGUAGCACAAUGGAAGCUCUCACACAGGCUUAUUCUGGAAUCCAGCAAUAUGCUGCUGCUGCAUUGCCCACCCUCUAUAACCAGAGUCUCUUAACACAGCAGAGUAUUGGUGCAGCAGGAAGUCAGAAAGAAGGUCCAGAGGGAGCCAACCUGUUCAUCUACCAUCUCCCCCAGGAGUUUGGGGAUCAGGAUCUGCUGCAGAUGUUCAUGCCAUUUGGAAAUGUCGUCUCUGCCAAGGUCUUCAUUGACAAGCAGACCAAUCUGAGCAAGUGUUUUGGUUUUGUAAGUUACGACAAUCCUGUGUCUGCACAGGCUGCCAUUCAGUCAAUGAAUGGCUUUCAGAUUGGCAUGAAGCGUCUGAAAGUACAGCUCAAGCGCUCUAAGAAUGACAGCAAGCCAUACUGAGCGCCCCUCCCCUCCGGGACUGGAGUGAGAAGGAUCUUCUGAUUCCUGCCGUUUGUUCAUCGUUGUGCCUAAAGCAUGUCGAUGUGGCGUUCAAGUACAUCGUCCAAAUCCUUGUCUCUUCAGCUUCUCUGAUGCUUGAACUCUCACCUUUGACCUUGUGUUCACCUUUGACGCUGAUGUGUAUUUUUAUUACGUUUGUUUCUUUCUUUUUAUUUUCUUUUGGUUGGGUUUUGUUUUAUUUCCGUGCUGCCAAAUCGGUUUUGCUAGAAAGACUGCUGCAGGGGAAUAUUUAAACUUGCAUUUGAAUAUAAAAGAAUUUCUAUUUUUCUAGACCUUCGUAAGAUAACCACUUGAUUUUGUGAAUCUGAUUCUUUGUAAUUGUCUUCAGAGCAGCCUUGCUAGCAUACCUUGUGAGUAUUUGUAUUUCUGUGAACAUACAGCCAAUCACUUUCGAGGCUUAGGGUUGUUUUUUUUUUUCCUGUGUGCUUUAGUUGGGAAAACCACAAAACAACACAGUUUCGAAGAGAAGGUCAAUUCUAUGGUGUGACUCAAUCUUUCAGGAGACUUCCCAGUCACAUUUUGCUGAUCUGGUUUCUGGGCUUGAGGAGACAGCAUGUGUUUUUAUGAGUUCAGACUUGUGACUUGAGUGGCAUCAGCAGAAAACACUUGAACUACAUUUUUCUUCUGAUUGUAGCUACAUUUUUUUGCCCUGAUUUAUUGACUUUUUUUAUUAUUUUCAUUUUUUCCCCUGCUUCCCUGUGUGAUUAUCAGUCUGCAGUGAAAAAUUGAUCAAAGUUGAUGUUGUAUUUUGUUAAGCUCCGGCAUGCUUGGGUUUCUUUUUUUGUAACUACAAUCUCCUCAGCAAAAUGUGAUGUUUCUGUUUUAAUCCUUCAAACUAAGAUAGUGCCCAGAAAUGUUUUGCAUGUUUCCUGCUGUUUUCCUCACACCCUCGUAUAUAUCACCUUCACCUCUCUGUUUUCUAUAGUUUGUGCAAAAACUGAGCAAUUUAAUGGGUUUCAAAGGUAUCCUUUAAAUUGGUGUUUUUGGUAAUGACAAUUAUCUGAUCAGAAGCCACCUGAGGGCAUCUACCUGUGCACUUAGACUGUCUGCCUGACAGAGCACCUGGACCUUGCUCCAUCUCCAGUGCUGUCAGAGGCACCCAGGGGGCUUGGCUGUACUGUUCCUGUACUGGAAGUUUUGGUGGAAGGAGAUAGCUGGAGAGCAGGAAGGUGGGGGAACUUCACAGUGUUUCUGUUUCCAAAGUUAUCUGAAGCUAGGGCUCCUUUGAAACAGCUUUUGUAGCAUUCAGGGCACAUUAGUGUCAAAUCCAGCCCCAGUUUAAUACCAUCAGUCAGACCUUGAUGGCAGGAUCCUGGAAAGGAAGGUCUGGGUUAGCUCUUGAAAUAAAGUGAUGGAAAUACCCCAGAGAAAGCAUUUGUAAACCUGGUCCCACAACUGCUGGCUCUUUUCCCAAGCGACAAGCACAAUACAACAGCCUCUGCAGCUGUUACCUGAACAGGGUACCAUCCCCAGCUCUCUUCUCAAGGGCCUUAGCUGGGGAAUCUCUCCGGAGAUUUUUUACUUUUUGUUUAGUUUUUAAUUGGGUAAUGAGCUAAGCAGUUUUGUUUCUGGCUCGCAGAAUGAACUAGAACAGGUUACUGCUUUCUGGGUAGCAGGCUUUCCCCCCACCCUACGUACCAUUUGCACAGGUAGAAAGUGGGAUGUAGCUUCUAGACGAAGAGUGUGUACUGUGAUGAAGUUUCAGUUGCAAGGAGAAGCAAGCUCGUGUAGGUAACUUAACAGUAGAAAAUAAUGUGAAAUGAAAUUCCAGGAGAAAGGGGUUUGCUGAGAAAAUAAAUCGUGUUUGAUUGGAUGUAAAUCUCACUUUUGUCCAGUGUUUGGGAGAAUGCAAAGAUGCAAAAGGAUUUCUUUUCUGUCCUACUCAGUUGGCUGAGGAUAUCCUCAGUAGAUACUGGCUAGAGUUGUGGUGACAGUCCUUAAUCUGCUCACAGGACAGACCACGUUUGGAUAUGGUAAAUACACCUAGGAGUAAAGCAUGAGGCUGGAUGAUAAAAGGAUAGAGCCUUGUUUAUUUGGGAGGUAGGGUUGUGGGCUGGCUGCUGUUAGUCCCACAGUCUGAAUGCACAGGGGUGUGUGUCAGUGGGGGCCACUGGUACCCUGCAGUGUAUUGAGUAACUGCCAGUACGUUUCUGUAUGUGAGCAUUUGGUUCCAUCAGGAACUUUGGAGAAACCUGUGGAAAAACUAUCUGAAGAAAACCAAAAUGCCAAACGUUGGGUGUUUCUUUCCUUUCUUCUUUCCUUUUCUUCCUUUGGUUGUUUUAAUUGUUCUGUGGUGGUUUUAAUGGAUUUGAGACAGUGGAGCAGCAGCUGCCUUUCUGAUUUUUGGCUGCUUUUUGUGAAUAAUUUAAAAAGAAAAUUUACAUUUUGGAGACAAACCUGUGGGCUUUUUUAUUGGUACAAACAUUGUAUUUAACACUAGGGGUUUUGUACAGUUUUUUGCCUUUUCUACUAGAAAACAAUGUAAAGUGAUUCACAAUGUGACGAGAAAACAAAUUGCCACUAUGACCAAAUGUAGAGUCUGUUCUGCAGUAAUGGGAUUUAAUCAACUCGAAGUCGUGGUUCAGUCGUAGAAAUGCUUUUCUUUACCUUGUUUUGAGCUGUUCCUUUUUUUUUUCUUGUUUUGAUUUGCAAAACAAAAAUGUCUUUUUUUUGUGUGAAAUUGUGUUGUACUCUGUAGAGAAUUACAGAUUUUACUUUAAUGGUUUAAAACACAGAGGAGCACGCGUUGCUUUUCUGAUCCGAUGGCAGAGUUUGUGUAGUGGAUUUCAAGAUGAAAAGAUUUGUUACAAGUUUGGAACGAGCGAGUAUGUGUUAAAGGAAUUUUCUUCCUUUUGUGUGUGUGUGUGUUUUCUUUUUUUUUUUCCUUUUUUUUUUUUUUGUCCCAAAGGGCAACUUAAAGCUGUUUUAAUUGCACAGACACACCGACAACAAGUCAUUUUGUAUAUGCCAAGUGUGGUACCUUCCUUUGUUUAUUUGCUAUUAAACUGUUUGAGAAGA